AUGGCUGAAGAUUUGAAAUUAUUCGAAAAUGCCUUUCGCCGUGCCCACAACAGAAUAACAGUUUAUGAAGGAAGCCUUGGCGCCUACGCCUACGAGAGUAACGAAACAGUCCACCGAGGCAUAUUGCGAGAGGAUCUACUCGUUUUGAAUAGCACCGAGCGCAUUGCAUUCAUAACCGUUAUAUCGUUUUUGCUUGCGGUUUCUCUGUGCGGUAACAUUGGAGCGUUGCAUGUGAAUUUUCGACGAAAAAUACGCCCAUUCUUUCGUGCUUGCCUCAUUUCGCUGGCGAUUGGUGAUUUGAUUAAUACGUUAUUCCUCUCAACUGCCUAUUUGAGUCAAAUAUCAAAUGAUUUUUUACAAAUUUGGGUCCUUGGCCACAUCAUGUGCCAUUUGGUGCCGUUCAUCAAUACUGCCGCUAUUUUGGUCAGCUCGAUAACUUUGGUUGGCAUCGCACUGGAUCGUUAUUUUGCCGUCAUGAGAGCCGUAAUUAGUUUUUGGAAUCCUGGUGUCAUUUUCUGUGUGCUCAGCAUGCUCGUCUUGUGGGCUACGUCCAUUGGCAUAUCGUGGCCGGUAUUUCGCGUCUAUGAAUUAUUUCCCGUAUACAUACUAACUGUGCAAAAGAUGCCGAUGGACGUUGGGCUGAACUCUACGGCGACCACAAGCGCUGAUGUUGACAUUCUGGGAAAAGUCAUUGCUGGCUCAGCAGCCACAGCUACAACAAAUGCUAGGCCAAUCGUACCAGCGUUACAUGAAACCUUCUCCGAUACAGUUACACAAACUAUGUGGGAACAACGGAACGAUGCCAACAACAAGCGCAAGUACGCCAUGGUGAUUACUUCUGAGCGGGUGAUGAUGUGUAUAUCCAAUCAGUCGUCUAUCGCAUUAUACUACAUCGUUAUUUUUGGAAUUAUUUUUGUGCCCACCAUAAUUGCAUUUGUAUGUAUUAAUGCAGUAAUUGCCAAACAAUUGUGGAAACGUCGUAAAACAGCGAUGACUGUAAACAAAAUUGAUCACAGCAGAUUCGUGGAAAAGUGGUUUGGCUGGUGCUGUUGUGGCAAAGGCUUAAAAGGACGUGAUAAAGAAGAACUGGGUACGAAAGAUAACUCAAACGAAGUGAAACCAGGUACAACGCAUAACUUCAAUGCUUUGGCAGAUACUCGCAUUGAACUAGCCCCUUUUAACGUUCCUAGUGCUACCACUAUGCAACACUUUAUUCUGCCAUCCAACACUUCUCACGCUCCGCCAGCCAACAUCAAACCCAGCAACAGCCGUGAGAGCCGUCAUAUUCGUAUGUUUUAUAUUGUCAUUAUGUUGAUAACAAGUUUUUUGCUUCUGCGUCUGCCAACCUGGAUUUUUCUAAUUACACGCAUGUAUAUCCCUUACGCCGGCCACACGCCGAUCAUAUUGCACUACACAUUCGGCAUUCUUAAUAUAACCAACUCAGUGUUGAAUCCGUUCUUGUACACCUUCCUUACGGAGACCAUAAAAUGUGCCAACUUUAUUAAGGGAACUUUUCGCCAUCGAUUUUGUGGCUUUCGAUUAUGUAAACAGCAGAAACAAGAGUUUGGCAGCAAUGACGUAUCGCAAAAAUGCGAUAUUACUUCAGACCAUUCCACGGCUAUCUGUUGUGGAAGCAGUUGGUUUUCUAAGGCAGAGGUAGUAAGCCCGAAAGUUAACUUCGAAUCGCCCGCAAAACUAAAUACAAUUGAGAAUUUCAGCAACUACUGAUGAACCAAAAUUGAACCACGGAGCGGGUGUCAGCGAUAAGACGAUAAGGAUGAAAGUGUAGAUUACAGUGAUGUCAGCUGUGCUA